GGGACUGGAGGUCAACAACAACUCCCCUUUCCCCCAUUUAUUUUCUUUAUUUCUUUUUUUCCCCUUGCAUCCCUUCCAAAUCAUGGGCUCAGGGAGCAGGAUAAAGUUUGCUGUUUGUGAGGUGCUGCAGUUUGCCAGUUUUUGUGUUCCACUUUUUAUCAUAAUGCAACGUUUUGCCCUUAUUGUAGCUCAAGUAAAAAGUCAAUUGCAACCAACUGGUGGAAAUUCUACGACAGCAUAUUGGCUAAUUGUGGCUUCAUCUGUGGCCUAUGUAACAUCAGUGGCAAUGCUGAUUUGGCUACCUAUGAAGUAUAUGGUGUUCAUGAAGAAGAAGGCACUGGUUGCUCGGAAGAAAUGGAGACCUGUUGCUUUGGCCUUUGUACUUCUCUCAACACUGCCCUGUUUUGCCUUCCUUAUAGCCAGCUCUGAGGUACAGAUUAGACAUAAUCUGAGGUUGGACACUUUUGCUGAACUGCCAGUGUCAUUGGUUCUAUUUUCUCUGAUCUGCAUUGAUAUAGUGGAAAGAAUCCGACAUUGCAGACUUACUGGUCAAGUCUCCAGGGAAAAGAUUGUGUGACGAGUGGGGCGGGGCCGAGAGCCGUGGGAACGGAGCGAGGCCGGUGGAGUGAUUGGGAAAUGAGCGACACCUGCUCCACUCACCGGUCUCGAGUCCCACGGAGGAGAUCGGGAGGAUACA